AUGAGCAGCUUAGUCGAUCUAUCGCUGGACGAGAUUAUUUCACGAGACUCAAGACAGAAGAAAAAGGGUGGUGCCAGAAGACUUGCUAGUGGUCGAUCGUCACGUCCUGUCCAGCGGCAACGUUCAAGCACCUUUGCACCAAAGUACCAGUCUCCCGACUCUGCAUUCACAAAAUCAAAGAAUGUACCAACUGGAAAAUGGGGUCACGAUGGCUUUGAAGAGAUGUAUGGUGGUAAUGCUGUGGCACGUAAAGAGUUCACGAAAGUACGUGCUGGUGGACGUUCAUUUGAACGUGCUGCUUUGAGCCGAAAAGUGACCAUUCACAUCACCAAUCUCGCACCAACAGUCACCUCAGAUGACCUUAGUGAAUUGUUCGAGCAGUACGCAGUUGAUUCGGCAGUGGUGAAUUACGACGAAGCAGGACAGUCGGCCGGAUCAGCCGAUGUCAUGACGGAUCGCGCAUCUGCUCAAGAAAUAACCGCUAAUUUCAGUGGUGUUGCAAUAGAUGGUCGUACAAUGCGUAUGUAUAUAAUUGAUGAUCGUGAAGGUGGCGUCACUCGAUCACGUUCUCUGAACGUCAAACAGCGUCUCAGUUUCAAGACAACACCGCUCAGAAGUCGUGGCAUUAAUAAACGCAGCAGCAGCGCACGUCCAGCAUUCAGGUCAGUUCGAGGCGGUGUACGUGGUGGCGCAACUAGUUGGAAAGGUAGCAGCAGAGGUCGAAAAGCGCAAACAAGUGAUCCACGCAAGAAGAUGACUGAAGCGGAAUUGGACCGGGAAUUAGAUGAAUAUAUGAAAAAAGGGGGUGGUAACGACGGAAUGGAGGCUUGA